AUGGAUAAUAAACCAUCUAACAUAGUCUAUUUGGGGAAUAUCCCAUUUGACCAAACAGAAGAACAAAUAUUGGAUUUAUGUAGUAAUGUGGGACCAGUCAGAGGUUUAAAAAUGAUGUUUGAUCCAAACACAGGUAAGUCAAGAGGGUUCUGUUUUAUAGAGUUUAAUGAUAUAAAUACCAGUAGCAGCGCUGUUAGAAAUUUAAAUGGAUAUCAAUUAGGUUCUCGUACAUUAAAAUGUGGGUUUUCAGAUGAGGGAAGCACAUCAGUAACAGCAACUGCUGUUAAUAAUGGUCGUUCUAAUACUAAUAGUGGUAUUAAUAAUUCCGCCAAUAACAAUACCGGGCCUAACCAAAAACUACCAAUAUUUUCUUAUCAAGGUAAAGUAGUAAAUUGUGAUAAUAUAGGCAUAGACAUAAAUACAACAAUGACAACGCCUGCAAUGAUGCUUUCUAGUAUAUUAGCGAAUAAUUACGGGAAGGAAAAACAGUUAAAGGUAUUAGACUUGCUAAAACAAGAGAGUAGUGAGGCUGAAAACAGUAUCACUUUGAAGCUGUUAUUGACAUUUCCUCAAUUGAAUUUUGCUUUGGCUGAAAUUUUGUUGAGCAAUGGAUUAAGUACAGUAGAAGAUUUAUCCAAGCUAGCUAUAACAAAUAAUGACAGUAUAAGUGAUAAAAAUGGCAGUGAAGAAGGGAAACAAAACCAAGAGAAUCCACGCAAAUAUAAAAAAACGCAACUAGGUUUAUUGAAACAAGUUUUACAAUUAAAUGACACGGAUAUCUCCAUGUUACCACCCGAUGAAAAAAUCAUCAUAUACGAUUUGAAACAAAGAGCUAUGAAGGGAGAUUUUGGACCUAUAUAA